GGGAGGGGCCAGCGACGGCGGAGGGAAGCCUGCGGACAACCCCCUCCUUCUCCCCGCCGCCUUACCCAUCUCCCGCAGGCGGAGCUCGGUCGGAACCGGGUGGUGGCGGCAGCGGCACCACAAGCAGCGAGGAAGAAGAUGGCGGGCGGAGCCUCGCGUUCUCUGCUAGGGAAGACGACGGCAUCCGACGAAGGACAAAAGGGGCGGUGGGGAAAAAGCAUUGGCGGAGGGGGCGGAGUCAGUCACGUGGCUCGUUGGGCGGGAAGAGCGGCGCGGGCCUCAGGCCGCGUCUUCCUUGGGCGGCGGGUAGCGCGCGGCUUGAUGGAGGGAGGCGGCCCUUCAAGCGCGCGAAGAGCCGCUGUCAGUUCAGGGGCUAGUUAAAUGUCCGUCUCUAGGACCCGGCGCCAGCCACGUGGUACCUUCAGGCAGUUACUGGACUACAACUCCCAUCAUGCCUCAUCGCUGGUGAACCACUUCUGAGGAAGCCCGGAGACCUCUUCGCCCCUGCGGGGAUCCUAACGGGCGUCUGCUGGAAGCCCUCAUGUACCAGCCACACGCAUGCGCGCACCCCACUUUCCCCCGCGGCUAUUGUGUACUUGCCACAUGCUACGUGAGGGGAAAGGAUGCGUAUGUGGACCUCUAGCUGCCACCGGCAAACAUGGACAAAAGCCACUUAGGAUGGGAGUUGAAGCCCAAUAUCGAGAGCCACCGCUCCUAGCUUACUUCCACCGAUUGCGGGAUCUCCUCAGCCGAACCUACGUGCCAGAGCUAUUGUGGGGCUUAACUAUGGAGAGGGAGAAUAACGGACACCACCUUGAUCUCCUUUGCAACGGUCAACCUGGUCCCUACUGCCCACUAGUGGGCGUUUCAGAAUUCCAUGUGGGCGGUAAGGGGUUCUACGGCACAUGUUACUGCAGCACUGGUGGGCGAGGACCACUGCUGGAAGUGUGGGAAAGAAACAAAAAAUUAUUGGAACAGAAGACCCCUUGGUGGCUAUCGCCAAUUGAUAUCCUGACAAUAAAAAAAACAAACAUCGAAGGAGAAAGAUGGACCUAUGAAGACUUGCUAGUAAAAACAGAGACUGGUUGGAGGAUUAGGCCUUAUGAAGAAAUAAAGAACAAAUUGACAGGAUGGAUCCAAUUUCACCAAAUUAAUUCUAUAUGGACUGAAGAUAAAAAGAAUGGGAUAAGUGAGAAAAAAUCUAGAUUCCAGAUUGAAAUAUUAGAAAAUAAAACAAAACUCCUAUCGAAAAUGUACAGCCUGUUACUUGAAUGGGACACCAAGGAUGAAGAAGUAAAGGAGGUAAUGGUGAGAUGGGCAAUGGACUUCGGACAUAAUAUAGUGUUUGACAAAUGGAAGGCAUUAUGGAACAAAGGUAUGAGAUUCUCGGCAUGCACAAAACUCAGGGAAAAUAUGUAUAAAAUGAUGUACAGGUGGUACGUAACGCCCGUAAAAUUGGAAAAAAUAUAUAAAACUGGUGAUAAAUUAUGUUGGAAGUACACGGGUGGCACUAUGGUCUAA